AUGGCUAAAGAAAACAUAGACGAUCUUGAUAGAAAAUUGGCCAGCUGUUUGAGAACAAUAGAUGCCAAGAACAUGGAAAUUUUGAAUCUGCAAACUGCAGUCGGACAGUAUGAUGCCGAAAUUGAAGCUAAGAGCAUCUCCAAUGGAGAUUGUGAUCACACUUCAAAGAGGGAAAAGGAAGAUAUCCUGGGGAGGCUUUCAGAAGCCGAAGGGACUAUUGCUGAUGGGAAGAGCAAAGUUACGAAGGACAAUGAAAAACUGCGUUGGGCUCUUGAGCAAAGCAUGACGUGGUUAAAUAGGAUGUCGGUGGACUCAUUUUAUCUUGUUGAAAGUCGACACGUUAUAAAACGAGCUGUUUUACAUGUACGGACACUGAUCAAACUAUCGGUGACAUAUUUCCAAAGAAACCACAGUAAAGGAUGUGAGCAACGGCUUCUAAUGGUUCACAUGCUCGGAUUUUCUGACGAAGACAUGCAACGGCUCAGUCAGGAGGCCAGGCAGCCAUAA